GUAAGAAACGCCUAAUAAUUGAUCUAUCAUCACCAAAUAAUUCCACGGUCCCAAGCAUUAAUAGCUUGAUCCCUCUUGACGAAUUUUCUCUCAAGUACCACGACAUAGAUCAGGCAGUCGAAUUGAUUAAAAUUGCGGGUCAAGGAGCCUGGCUCGCAAAAAUAGACAUCACUUCUAUCUUCAAAGUGAUGCCUAUUCAUCCGGACUCAUGGCAUUUGUUCGGGAUACGAUGGCUCGGGAAAUUCUAUUUCGCCGUCUGUUUAACCUUUGGAUGCAAAAGCAGCCCCAAAAUUUUCGAUAUGUUAUCAGAAGCCAUUUGCUGGAUCUUAUCCAAUAAUUACGCAAUUCCUCACCUCAUUCACCUCCUAGACGAAUUUCUGGUCAUUUCACCUCCCGACGCAAUCCCAGCCACCCACAUCCUCACAGUCCAAAAAGUUUUUUCCGAGCUUGGGAUCCCCAUCGCUCAGGAAAAAACCAUGGGUCCCACUACAUUUAUCGAGUUCCUCGGCAUCAACUUAGACUCAGCUAAAUUUCAGCUCUCCCUGCCCAAGGAGAAGAUCGAUAGAAUAAUCCUCAUCUCCUCUACCCUCCUCGCCAACCCAAGCUGCUCUAAAUGUGAACUCCUUUCUCUGCUCGGACACUUAAACUUCGCAAUGCGCAUCAUUCCCCAAGGCCGCCCUUUCAUCUCACAUCUUCUCUCACUCGCGUCUUCGGUCUACGCGCUCGAGGACCUCAUUCCCUUAUCUCACACAUGCCGCGACAAACUUAAGUUAUGGAUAAUGUUCCUUAAACAAUGGAAUG